GUGUUGCUCGUUUGUGCGCAGUUGUGAGUCGGUAACUACAGCCCUCAACGCAAGUGCCAAAUCGCUCACGUUGCAACACAGUCGUGCUUAGCGGUCUGAUUAGCUGCGCGAACAGAGUCUGACAGUGUAUCGCGAUGGCUAAAAGGUAUACCCGUGUGCGGUGCUUGGCUGCAAAAGUGCCGACUGGGAAAACGAAACCACGCGACACCGGCUGCCUCAUGAUGACGCCUUGCGCAAUGCCUGGCUUGAGCGCAUUGGCGUUUCGGCAGAAUCAAAGCGCAACAGCGAUUUACGUGUUUGUGGGCGCCACUUCCGUGCCGAAGACUACCAUCACAACCCACGCCUGCUGCAGGAGUUGGACUGCGGUCUGACACCACGCCUGAGACCAAAUGCGCUGCCAACUCUCUUCCUUCCAAGAAGGCCGACAUCACAGACCAAGCCAACUCCAGCUGCAGCGUUGGGUGCCAGCACUAUUGAGGCACCGCAGCAUUCACAGCCAGCUGUGCCGUGUAAAUGCAGAUACAGUCAGGCUGUGUCUACUGUGGGAACGCAGACUGGGGUGGCAGCUGACCACAGCUCUCGUGUACUGCAUUCUGUGGGAACGCAAACAGUGCCAGAACAACGCACAAUAAGUGUACAGACGUCAUGGCAUCUUCAAAAAAGUGUUGGUAAGCAUGAUUACACUUUGUCACAACAACAUGAUGAGUACUAUAAGAUUAUCUUUCCUUGUUCAUGUGAAGUGUGUUUCUACGUAGUCACUAGACUUCAGAAAGAGGGUUUACAAUAAGGAAAGCAGCUACAGUUGGCACCAGUCAUUUAUAUUACUGUGUGCUUUACGUCUUAUGAAAAACAAGUUAUGUUCACGAUAGUGAAGUAAUGUAAGGAAAUCAAACAGCCACGCAGGCAGACUUCGCUGCACGUCUGCUGGUGUCCAAAGGCACACAGAGUGCUAGUUCUGCCGAAGUCAUCCGAGCAAGAACACCAGAGCAUGCAGAUGUACCUGCUUCUCCUGCGCUGACAGACUUCUUUGAGAAUGCCCGCUGCUCGACACCCAUACCAUAUGUGGAAGAGGUGGAAUGCGAGAUUCGAGAAGCUGCUGGCGAUGAAACCUACAAACCAACUCUUGAAUCCUUCGAAGACACGUUUGCAAGGUAAACUAUAAUGAAAUGUUGCGUUUGUAUUCUAUGACUGCAAUUUUUUACGUAGCAGAUCACACAACAUAGCGAGUGGAAUGCGACAGUGCAUGGUUCUUCUUCUUUGGACGUAAAAAUGCUGUAGCCUGCGGUGUUGAGAAUGGGAAAGCUUGUGCACAGUGAAUACAAGAGCAUUCCGUAUAAUGUAUUUAUCGAAUCAUCAUUAUAACAAGUGUGACUUUUUGCUAUGUGCAGUGGGUGUAUGGAGCCAGUUGCAUUGGCGUCUGCCAACAGCGAGGGCCCAACAGCCGGAGCUUCAGUACUGCCGCCCCUGGCCUUCGACAGCCAUAUAGAGCCACGAACUGCAACAGCACAUACAAGUGAAAACCAAGACCUAGUCACAACCUUUCGUGAGGAGCGAAAGUUCGUGGUUUUUGAGAGCUGUUUGCGACAGCUCCUUCCUGUGGCGUGCAGUUUCUGCCACAAGAAAUAUACCAGCACAUUUUCUGUCGUUGGCUCAAUGGUCACAGUCAGGAGCAGCUGUGACAACUGUAGGCAUGUCACGUCAUGGAAGAGCCAGCCACUGAUUGGAGACAAACCAGCGGGAAAUGUUUUAAUGGCUGCGGCACUGCUGUUUUCAGGCUGCACAGUGUCCCAAACAUUGCGGCUCCUGCAGUCUAUCAAUGUGCAGGCCAUCAGUGAGACAACUUUCUUCAAAUAUCAGGCUUUCUAUAUGGUGCCAGCUGUAGAAAAGUUGUACAAAGAACAGCAGGCCCAGCUGCUAAGCAGAGUGGCUGGCGUGGAUGUGGACCUGGCUGGGGAUGGCCGCUGUGACUCACCGGGACACAGUGCGAAAUAUGGUACAUAUGUACUUUACUGUACCCAAGUGAAGCGCAUCUUGCAUUGCCAACAAAUUCAGGUUCAUGAGUCAGCUGCUGUUUCGAGCAGCAAUGCUAUGGAGAAGGAGGGGCUUGCCAGGAGCCUGCAGAAGCUUGACAAGCAAGGUGUCAGCAUAAAUUCCAUCACUACAGACCGACACUCUGCCAUCAGGAGCUACUGUCGAAAGGAGAGGCCAGGCAUGAAGCAUUACUUUGAUGUCUGGCACAUCGCCAAGGGUAUAAAUAAGAAGCUGAGCAUUGCAAGCAAGCACCGCAACUGUGGCUCCAUACUUCUGUGGAGUAGGAGUAUAAUAAACCACUUGCACUUCGUGGCUGCAGCAAGUCAAGGUGAUGGGGACCUCAUUGUGAGCAUGUGGCGAAGCUUGCUGAAUCACAUGUGUAACCAGCACAACGGUCAUGAAGGACCCUUCACAGACUGCAUGCAUGGGCCUCUUGACAACAAGAAAUGGAUGACAAGAGGAUCUCCUGCCUUCACUAAACUGCGGGCUAUUCUGGAGAACCCUCGCCUUCUGAGUGACCUCCGCCAGCUGUCUCCUAUGGUCCAGACAUUCUCGUUGGAGUCCUUUAAUAGCCUGCUGAUCCGCUUUGCUCCCAAGUCAAUUGCAUACUCAGGACCUGGUAUGAAAGCAAGGACUCAGCUCGCUGUGUUACAUUUCAACGAGAAUGCUUCAAGGGACCAAGCUCAGGACCGAAUUGGGCAGACACGCUGGAGCUUAGCAAGUCCAGGAAGGGGCAGUUUACCGCCCGCAACGUCAAGGCGGCACCAACAUUUGGAUAUGUCGCCAAACUGAUGGCGGAUGUUAUCGCAAGAGCAGGUGCCACUUCUCACAAGACAAGCUCCAAAGACAUCCCUUCCGAGACUCGCACGUUCCUGACGGACAGAUAUGAGGCACCAUCUAUGGAAGAGCUCAUUGCUGCUCACAGGUCCAGAUUUCCGGAUGGCUGCCCUUAGGGAACAUCUCAAACUCUUUUGACUUCCGUCUCCCAUUUCAUCUUGGUGAGAUGUUGCCCAGCCGCUGGCCUGUGUAGCGACCUAACCACCUCAGUUUUCAUGAGCUGCGUUCAUAGCAUUUCCAUGCUACGUGCAGCAGCUCUGCACUGCCAUGCUAUGAACUUCCUAAAGAAAUGAACACAACAUUCCAACAAGCAAGCUCAGCAGUGGCCCUGUUUUCGAGUAAUGAAUUGAGGAACUUGACCAACACAAGCACUUUUCACAUCCCGCCUUGGUGAGAAGAGGUCUGCCCAGCCGGAACCCCGUGUAGCAACCUAACACUCUGUUUUCGUAAACUGUGUUGAUUUCAUUUUGCAUUGCCUACACUGAAUAUUUGGUACCAUACUGCUUAUAGUAUUCACAUGUUCGCUUUUUCCUAUCAUCUAAACAGAAUGUUCUAAUGGAGGCUCGCACACUUAUCCAAAAGCAGCAGAGACUGUGAGGUGCCAUAAUGCAAUGAUCAAGAUUGAUUUUAUACCCGAUGACCAGGAGUGAAAGCCAUGACCCAUGUUCUCAACAAAAUGCCAUAAACACUGAGCAGUUGUAGCGGGCAAUGGCAUGGCACAUUAUUUAGACUAUCAUAACCUUCGCUGGCAAAUGCCUCAGAAGAACUUGGCUGUUACAGAUUACCAGUAUUACAGUGACUUCAACUCGUCACCUUCAGCAAACGUCUUCGGCCAUUUGAUUUCAGCCCUAGUGUUUUGGAAUCAGAACCUCAAAAACAGGAAAUCGCAACAUUUUGCCAUUCUAUGGCUGCACUCAAAAUGAGAGGCAGUUUCUGAAGCCAUGCUGAAAUCUGUCAUGCCCACCACAUACACUAGAAUGCAAUGUGUUGCACCAGCUAUUAUGGUGAGGCAGCCCUCAAGCAACAUGUAUGAGCCAUUCUUUAUUUUAUAGAAGAAAAGUAAUAACAAUUAGUCAUUGAUAUUUAUUGAAUUUUCCUGCUUAUGCUGCUCAUUUUGUGUUUAUGCAUUCGUAACAUAUCUUAUGCAUUCCCAAUAAAAAAUCUUUUGAGAAAUACAUGUGCACAUUCAAUGGUAUUGUUUUCUUUAACCUUUCUUUCAAAAUAAAUGCUCACUUCAUAGUGAGUGCUUGUGUCAUGUUGUAUCCCUUUAUUUUCUCUGUAAUUUUCAUUCUAAACAUUACACAAAUGCAGUUACACACAUAAGGUAGCCUUUACUAAGUGCUGGUGACAUAUAUUGAUUUUUCUGGUUGUCACUCUGCCUUUGCAUUGCUAUGUUAAAAAUCCAAAAACAGCAUACUGAAAUACAGUAAAAGGCAUGUACUGCAGUUUUUGAAAAAGACGAAGUCGGAACUCGAGCAGCUUAUACGUGCAUAAAAACAUUUAGCAAUGUACGCGCAGGUAACGAAUUGUAAGCGAUGAAA